UCGCCUCUUAUAACGGGGGGAGCUGUCCAAGUGCUGAAAACACCAGAAGAGCACCGCUCCUCGAGACAUGCCAUACAUCUCCACUGCUGUCUGAGCUCCGUUUCCAAAGGUAAUAAAUUGCCUAUAAUGCUGCAUUUCCACCACAAGUUGCCCGCGGGGGGAGCCGUGGUCCUGCUCGCCUUCCUCCUCCAUGGAUGCGCCGUGCAGGCUGCGUCUCUGUCCCGCCACUACAGACCCCGGGGCGGGGACAGUGAGGGCCCCCCGGGGGCCCACCCCCCCAGCUCCGACAUGAUGAAGGCCCUGGAGUACAUAGAGAGCCUAAAGCAGAGGAACGGGGGCCGAGCUGAGCCCAUGGAUUACGAUGAGGUGGACAAGUUCAGGGUGUUGCUCCAGCUCGCCUCACAGCAGGACGCGGGUCCCGCAGGUCCCGGGGGUCCGGGGGGUCCGGGGGGGCUGCAGAGGCAGGAUGUUACUGCCGAGCAGCUGAUGAAAGCUCUGCUCAAGUCUCUCCAGGAUCAGGCCGGGAGAGAGGCCAAGCUGAGCCCGGCAACCGCACCCCGCAACGACCGCCGCACGCACAGGCACCGCACCAAAGACACGGAGGUCCAUGAGAGCGCGCCGGCGGACUACGGUAACUUCCCCAGACCCCACAAGAAAUACCCCCUGAUGUUCGAGGACGAGGAGAACGCAGACGCCUCCAAGCGGGCCACGGAGGACCUGGACGAGCAGUACACCCCGCAGAGCCUGGCCAACCUGCGCUCCAUCUUCGAGGAGCUGGGCCGGAUGCCCCCCGUCGGCCCCCAGAGGAGAGGCGUGUUCGGGGACGACGAAGAGGAGGAGGAAGACGACGGCUUCGGCCUGAGGAGCCUGGCCUAUGAGGACGUGGCGGGAGGAGAGGAGUGGGUCCCGGUGGAGGAGCGGCAGGAGGCGGAGGAGCUGGUCAACGGGAGUCACCAAGAGAUGGAGCGGGCUCUCAGUGACCAGGACGACUCCCAGAGGGACGAGAUGCAACGGCGCGCCAACCAGGACCAGGAGGAGGCCGACGACGACACCAAGCUGGUGGACUACUACCUGCUGAAGGUCCUGGAGAUGAGCGACCAGAGGGACAAGAGGGAGCAGGCGGGCGAGCAGCGGAAGCGGCUGAUCCGGCCCUCCAUCAUGGAUCCCCGGACAGUGAAGGAGCUGCUGCAGCUGUCCCUCAAGCUCCACGUCCCCCCUCAGGACCUGAUCGACAUGCUGCUCACAGAGGAGCUCCGGAAGCUCCACAGAGACCCCCAAGCCAUGGCCCGCUACACCACCGGCCAAACCCCCAAGAUCCGGUACUUCAGCCGCAGGCUGCCCGUCAAGAGCAAGCCCGCCACAGACGACAUGGACCGAGAGGACUUCUUGGACAUCAUCGGGGUGGAAACGAUCAGUAACGAGUACCCGGUGGUGCAGCGGCCCAUGAAGACCUCUCCAUCCGUGGACAGAAUGCCGGUGUCCUCCAUCCCCGCCGCUAAUCCCGGUCCCAUGAAGAUCCCCUCUCCGUCCGGACGCAGGGAGAACCUCUUCCUGUCUGAGCUCAACAAGAUGCCUCUGAAGCGCCAGGCCGACGGGGCAGACGACGACGACGACGACGGAGACGUGGAGGACGAGGUGACCACCUACCUGGCGGCCAAGAUCCUGACCGAGUACCCGAACAGCAUCUCCAAGAGGGACACCGAGGCCCAGCUGAAGAGCCGCUUCCCCUACGAGCUGUACGAGCGCGCCAUGAAGGACUACCUGGGCCAGGACCCGGAGCGGCCCCUGGCAAAGAGGGAGGCCGAGGGGGGCCCGCAGGAGGCCGUCCAGCCCACACAGAUGCAGGGGAAGGAGGAGGUGCCGGUCAAGACCUCUGCUCCGCAGACCGUGAAGGAGGAGGAGGAGGAGGACCAGGGGCAGGAGCAGCAGGAGAAGACCGCGGCCAGGAUGUAGCCUCAAGCCGCGCCACACGCACGAAAUCCUGAGUAUAUAGUAUUUAUACAGUUUGGUGGACGUGAUCUAGUUUACAAAUUUCUAUUAUAUGAACUAUAGCUGGUAUUACUAAUAUCACCCUAACGAAAAUGAACUAUAGCAAUCUUAAAUAAAAUAUGAGAAAAAAAUACUACAAGUCCCUACUUGCUGCAAGAACAUUAUUUAUUUAAUGUAACGAUACCAUAAGAGAUUAAAAGGUACAGCCUGUGAGGAAAGUCCUCCAAAUACUGAUUGUAUGUGAACCUGUUGUCACUAUAAAAUUGCUAGUUAUCCAAGUGAAUAAAGUAUUUACAAGCUGCAACCACCAGAUCACAACCUAAUCUGACUUGAAGGGUUUUUGAUGUUGUUAGAAGUUUGUUUACAUGGAUCGUGUAGGUAACCAGCCCGAUAUUUUCAACUAUAAUCAGCCGAGUAAUGAUAAAAAUGUUUGUUUUUUUUCCAUCUAUGUAGAGCUAUUUAUUUACACAUGUGAUUCUGAAGGUAAAUUCUUCUGUACAGGCUGAGUGGGCCUCAGUGUGGGUGACACAACAUUAUGGGGAUCUUUCCUUCGGGGCAGCGUGCCUGGCUGAGAACGAGUGUUGUUGUGACUCGUGAUAUAUUCAGGGUUAGUGGAUUCAAUGUUACUACUAUGGAUAAUUAUUUCCAAGUCUAAAUAUCAGACUGUCGCCUGCCUUCCAGCCCUUUCAUACUGCGAAGCUCUGUAUCGUUGGCCUACCAGUGGUUGUGCUAUGUAUGCUCAUUUUUAAACCAUUUUGUACAUGUUCAACAAUGUGUGACCAAUCACAGAUGAAUAAAGCAUCAGCGGUAUUA